CUGAAGGAGCUGGUCUGGGAGACACGCGACAGGAAACCGGCGCCAAGCGCGGUGGCAGGACGAACCCGAGCGAGACUCUCCGGCCCGAGAACGUGCCCCCACUCCCGAGCCCCAGGACUAUCGCGGCGUCCCAGCCCAGCUCGCAUCUGAGCGGAGGAAGGGGUGUCAGGAUGCCGGUGGCCCAAGUGCCCUUCCCAGACGGAGGAGCCUAUUCUCAACACCCUAGCCCGGGUCUGGCUUGGAUCACUAUUGCAGCCUGAGCCUCAGGCUUUCUUUGCCCGGGAAAUGGACGUUCCCAGGGCGCCCUCUGGUGGAUUCCGGAGCUAAUCGAUCGUGAGUUCCAAGUGAUGGCGACGGUUCUCACGCUGCACCCCAGACCCUACACCUCCAACGAGACCCUGCACAAACAUUACAGCUAUGUAGGCAAGCUGAAGGACAGGCUGAAGGACGCCCCCGAGGGCAGCACGCUCACCACCAUUGUUUUCUUGAUCAUCUGCAGCUUCAUUGUCUUGGAGAACCUGAUGGUUUUGAUCGCCAUCUGGAAAAACAAUAAAUUUCACAACCGCAUGUACUUUUUCAUUGGCAACCUGGCUCUCUGUGACCUGCUGGCCGGCAUAGCCUAUAAGGUCAACAUUCUGAUGUCGGGCAAGAGGACCCUGAGCCUGUCUCUGACGGUCUGGUUCCUACGGGAAGGCAGCAUGUUCGUGGCCCUCGGGGCGUCCACCUGUAGCCUGCUGGCCAUUGCUAUCGAGCGGCACUUGACCAUGAUCAAAAUGAGACCUUACGACGCCAACAAGAAGUACCGCGUCUUUCUCCUGAUCGGGAUGUGCUGGCUGAUCGCCUUCUCGCUGGGCGCCUUGCCCAUCCUGGGCUGGAACUGCCUGCACAACCUCCCUGACUGCUCCACCAUCCUGCCCCUCUACUCCAAGAAGUACAUCGCGUUCUGCAUCAGCAUCUUCACGGCCAUCCUGGUGACCAUCGUGAUCCUGUACACGCGCAUCUACUUCCUGGUGAAGUCCAGCAGCCGCAGGGUGGCCAGCCCUCACAACUCAGAGCGGUCCAUGGCCCUGCUGCGGACUGUGGUGAUCGUGGUGAGCGUCUUCAUCGCCUGCUGGUCCCCACUCUUCAUCCUCUUCCUGGUGGACGUGGCCUGCAAGGUGAAGGAGUGUGCCAUCCUGUUCAAGGCCCAGUGGUUCAUCGUGCUGGCCGUGGUCAACUCCGCCAUGAACCCCGUCAUCUACACGCUGGCCAGCAAGGAGAUGCGGCGGGCCUUCUUCCGGCUGGUCUGCACCUGCCUGGUCAGGGGCCAGGGUGCCCGCUCCUCACCCAUCCAGCCUGCUCUCGACCCAAGCAGAAGCAAAUCCAGCGGCAGCAACAACAGCAGCCCCUCCCCAAAGAGCAAGGAAGACCUCCCCCAGACAGCUGCCUCGCCCUGCAUAACAGACAGAAACAAGACCCUGCAGAAUGGGAUCCUCUGCAAGUGAGGGCGCCGGGCUCCAGGAACGUGGGGUCCUUGCAUCUCCAUGGAACGAGCAGCAGCUAGCCCCGCAGCCACAUUCUUCUUGAUUGCACGCCUCGCCCAGCUGGGCUGUUCCAGAGCUGGGACUCAGGAAACCUAUUCUGGCAACAGCCUGCCUGGUGUGGACGUCUAUUAAGGGGGGAACCCAAGGAAUUGCCAACCCAUUUCAGUGUAGACAGCGUGCCUUGUCCGUUCAGGCUCCAGGGUCUUCCAGAUGUACCAAGCUGCCGAUGUCAUCAGUCGCCUUACCCUGAAUCCCACCGACCACUGUCUGCUGUGCCUAGAGAGGGAAGGUCGUGGACCACACAGUGUACAAUGUGUCUCCCAGAACAUCAGGAUGGUGUUUGGUAACUUUACACUACACUCUGUGCACAGGAUAGAUGCUGUGUAUUCAUCAUUUCUGUGUUAAAGAGCACUUGUGUUUCAUAUGUCUGCCAUUGGUACGUGCAUAAGCUGCAGUACGUGAUACUGUCACAUAACAGGGAGUACA